AUCACCUAAGUCUCUAGCUCUAAAACAAAGCACAGAAAGUUGCCAAUAUAUAUAAAGGCCCAGCCAAGCAUUGUAUAAGUCAUGGGGAGCAAUGGAACAACAACUGAAUACCAGGACUUAUUACCAGUGAUGGCAGAGAAGCUAGAUGUGGAGGCCUUUGUGUCCGAGCUAUGUGGAGGUUUUCGGCUUCUGGCAGACCCCGAAAGUGGGCUGAUCACCUCCGAGAGUCUGAAGAAGAAUUCUGCACUUCUCGGAAUGGAAAGGAUGAGCAAAGAGGAUGCUGAGGGUAUGGUCAGGGAAGGUGAUCUUGAUGGAGAUGGCGCGCUGAAUGAGACUGAGUUCUGUAUUCUCAUGGUGAGGCUGAGUCCAGGGAUGAUGGAAGACGCAGAGAUUUGGCUUGAGAAAGCUCUUGAUCAGGAGCUAAAGAAGUCCUGAUCACGAGUGUUUGAUUGUAUGCAAUUCGUACAGUAGCUGAACGUAAAGUUCAAUGUUUUCUUAUAAUUUGAUAAGGUUGUAAGCUACUGUUACAAUAAUGUUGUUAAAGUUGUUGAAUGGAGAAUGUCACCUCCCAGAUAAGAACAAUCUAAGUUAGAGCCUUUUUUAAGUGACAUUUAACGAUCCCAAAUAAAUGACAGAA